AUGCGGAUAGCUGGAGUCUGCUGGACGGUGGAGGCGCGGACAGCAGUUUCAGGCGUUCAGCCGUUGCGUCGAGGCGUCUCGUCCCAGGAACCGGGUGGCAGAUGGCGCCUGAUUGGCGGGUGCCUUGCGUCUGCCACGUUGAGCCCGCGCGUACCCAAAGGCCAGGCGGCGGGCUGCGUGGCCUGCAGCGACAGCAGCCGUCACUCGUCACGCCGGUGGAUCGCCGCGAUAGAGUUAUUCGGCGACCUAUCGAUAAGCUCGGCCGCCCCACCGGGCGUAAGCCCUAUGGAGAUGCCCGAGUCUGCCGGUGGACAAUGCGCCAAUCGCAGCGACAGAGCACACGCCACAUGGGCCUCUGCGUGUCGGCAGCUCCCCCGGCCAGUUGGCCCAAGUCCUCUUGACGCCCUCCGGGCCCGUCUCCACGGUUCACCUCGACGUGGAUGCCCCAGCCCUGGCCUUGGAUCAGCAAUCAUACGCAGUACAACGCAUAUCCGACAAUUAGCCAGCAAAUGGUUCUUCGUCUCCGUCCUCGCCCUGAAUAUGAUUCGCAUUUCGCAUGCCAGCGAUUCGCCGAAAGAGCCUAUGACCUGCCUGCCUCGUCAGGCCCGUCCCAUUGGACCGAACAAUCGCCCAACUUGGACAAUGGCAAAGGCCACGUUUUUGCCUGGUGCCGUGGUUCUGAAGAAAUCAUUCAGGAACGUCUGCCAUCUCUCAUUUUGCCGGUGA